AUGAACGCUAAUGAAGACAACUAUCGUCCACUAGAAGCGGACUUGGUCCAGACAAAUACCGGAAUUUCCAAUGAUCUAUCCACUGAUACCCAAAGUAAUAAUGGCAAUAUUAUAAACCAAACUAAUCCACAUACCAGUGCAUCUGAUCUUUAUUUAUAUCAUCGGCUGAAUAGAGAGGCUGCAGAGAAAUCAGCUUCGAAUAUGUAUAUGAACGAUCUUCCUCAGCUAAAUAGUAAAAGUUCAAAACUUGAAAACAAUGAUAUCAAUUCAAAUAUAAAUGUAAAUACAGAGACUACAAUGAAUGAUAUAUCCCAAGCACAUAUAGAGACGCAACUAAUAAAUAAGUUAGAUCCUAGCGACCCAAGUGAUCUUGUUAUGGAUGACCGAAAUGUGACUCAACAUGAUAUUACGUCAGAGUAUAAUAAUGGUGCUAAUAUUGAACGAGAAACUACUCCAGAUCAACCGUUUUACGUGAAUGCCAAACAAUACUAUAGAAUAUUAAAAAGACGUUAUGCUAGAGCAAGACUUGAGGAAAAUUUGCGUAUAUCAAGAGAAAGAAAACCAUAUUUACACGAAUCGCGACAUAAACAUGCAAUGCGUAGGCCAAGAGGGCAAGGUGGACGAUUCCUGACAGCUGCAGAAAUAGAAGAAUUGAAGAGUAAAGGUAGAAUAGAUAAAAAUGGUGAUGUCAUACCUGAAGACAAAGAGAACGAUAAUAGUGAUGAUGGUAAAAGCACUGAAAUUGAAACGAAGAGGGAUAUUGCAAAAAUUGUUCAUAAAAAUGAUAAUAACGGCAACAAUAAGACAGAUAAGAGUAGUGAUCAAAAUAUUUCUAUUACAUCAGAGAUUAUGCCAAUACAGGACAAAGCAUAA